AUAGCUUUCUUCUUCCUCCAUUGCUCUGCGCCGCCUUCUCACUCUCUGGAAUUGGCUCAGCUUCUCCACUAAUUCCUCCCAAACAAAGCAAGCUCCUUCGAUCGUCCUCUUGGUGGUCACGUUUCAUACAAAUUAGACAUGGCUAAUGCAAAGGAAGAGAAAACACAAGAUGCAGCUGAUAGAAUCAAGGCUCAAACACUCACUGCUGCUAAAGGUCUGAGUCGCACUCAAGCUGAGCGAGCAGCUGCUGCAGCCGCGAGAAACGUUAACGCUUAUGGGCAAAAGGAAGAAGGUCCUAGUAGAUGGCAGGAGAAAAGAGAAGCAAAGAGGCAGAUGUAUUUGAUGAGUACUGAGAAAGCGGUUAGGCUUGGUGAAAGGAAAGAUAAAACAAUGUCAGCAUCAGCCAUGGGAAGCAGUGCUUCGGCUGCUUCACAGUGCCAGAAAUGUUUUCAGACUGGACACUGGACGUAUGAGUGUAAGAAUGAGAGGGUUUACAUCUCGAGGCCUUCGAGAACCCAGCAGCUGAAGAACCCUAAGCUGAGAAUGAAGCCUUCUGUUGAUGAUCUUGAUGGUAAUGAUAAUGGUGAUGAUGAAAGGCCAGAUGCUGUAAAUGGGAAAGCAGAAGUUGAGAAGAGGUCGAAGAAGAGUAAGAGAAAGCACAGGUCAAAGUCUGAUUCUGGCAGCGACAGUGAAGCCUCUGUGUUUGAAACAGAUAGUGAUGGCUCUGAAUCAUCUAGAGAUAGUAGUUCAGAAUACAGUUCAUCUUCUGACUCAGAGGAGGAAAGAAGGAGGAGAAAGAAGGCAAAGAAGAGCAAGAAGAAGCAAAAGCAGAGGAAGGAAAGGCGAAGAAGAUACAGCUCUUCGUCAUCGGAGUCAUCUGAGUCAGAGUCUGCUUCUGACUCAGAUUCUGAUGAAGACAGAACCAGUAGAAAGAAGAAGAGCAAGAGGCACAACAGCAAACGUCGUUGAAUUGGUUUUAGGAAUCGAACAAGUGGAUGAAAAUUUUUAUGCCUUUUUUAGAGAAUCUCAGUCCUAUAUUUCUUCUUUUUCCUCAAGUUUCAACUUUUUCUUAUUGUCAGCCAUUCAUGGCUUUGUGUUUGUAACAAAUUGAUGAAUGUUAGAAUCCCCUUAAGUUUUCAAAGCUCAAUAGCUCUUGGAGAAA